UUGUCGUCCAUUUCUUGUCUGCGGUAAGCUGUCAUUAAGAUAUCGUUACAUUAUGUAAUCAACGAUUUGAGUUAGAAUUGGAUCCGUGUGUAUGUGGCCGCAUGGACAGCUACUUGGCCAUCAUGGCGGCCGUACUAAUCUUCAAUGAUUGUAGUGAUCAUAAAAACGUGCUGCAGUCCUGUAUAACGUAGGAGCUAGCGAAAUGCAUGUAAAUGUGGCUUUUCUACCCGUAACGCUAUAAUGCAAGCAAUUGAUGAACCUGUCUUUAGAUUUCAGGAUAAACCCUGUCAUUCCAAUGCUUUGUGUGGUGUACAUGGCCAUCUGGAUCACUCUACAUUAAAGGCAGUAACCGUUGGGUCAGGUGUGUACUUCAGUCAGCGCAGUAGGAACCUGAAAGCCGCAGUUCCGCUUCCGAGGAAGACUAUUAGACAGCGUAGGUUCUCGACCUCUCGGAAAAUUCCCGUCCAGCAAGCAAUCCACAACAAUAUCUCAAUCCUGGUGACUUCCUGGUCAGCAAGCAAUCCACAAGGAAGUCUGCUCUUUCGCAAUGUACGUUACGAGCAUAUAAACUAUAAUACCAUAAAAUAUCCAGAAUUUGAGAACUGACGUACCAUGGUGCUUUAAGGCAGUACAAAUACCGUUAAAUUAAGCCAUCCGCGGUAAGGAGUGCCAAAUUAUCGCACUGGUAAUAUUGUCUGCGGAAAAGUCUCUCGGAAAAGGUUAUACAGUAUUGGUAAAUGAUGCUGGACCCCGAUUCGAUUUGCGUGUCGCAGCGGCUGAAUUCGUGAUGACCAUAGUUAUCCCUGUCUGAAAAAUUAAUGUGGAUAAAAUAGUGCUACUGCUGAUGUGAUCAAAAGGAGCGAAUGUAUUAAGCAUAUUCGCUGGCCUUAUGUAAUAAGGCGUUUUUGUUUCAGGUGCUGUGUUCAUGUGGAAUCUGCAUUUUUAGCCAAAGCUCACCGCUCUUUGCUCGUAAUAUACAAAACUCGAUUAUCCCAUGCUCGAAAUCUCAAAAUACUCAACUGGGGAAUCGAUCUUUCAGUUCGGGGAAGUACGUUGCAUCGUGGAAGUACCUCUGUCACUUCCAGUUCGCAAUGCAAAUCCCGGUCCAGCGCCUGUCGAUCAAUGGAAUUUGCCCUGGUUCAACGAAGUCUUCAGUCACUGCCGCCUACAAACAAGCGUCUACUUCAAGACUGGCGUUUCGCACGACUGUCGCAGCAAGAUUUUCCUGAUCAACAAGCUACGGACACUAUACCCGGUGACCUGUCCGAGUUGUGCCAUAUUGCUUCGAAUAAAAUUUGAACUACAAAUUGUACCACAAGAUCUAAAAUAUCAACUCGUUUGCAGUACGUGGUUCUCUCAGCAGCUUUAUGCUAUCAAGCAUUCAGCAGGCAUCAUCCAAGGUCCGGUGCCCCAGAAUGCGAAAAACAUCGUAAAAUAUGUACUGCACGUGACCUGCUGCUUUUCCUGUUCUGUGAAGAUACGUCUGGAAACGUUCGAAACCUCUCCCUUUGCUCCCAUUACUUCGUUACAUGAGAAGAGGAACAGUCUCUUUAUUAGCUCAACGUUUUAUGUACACUUCUUCUUACGCUCUCUCUUUGCCUGUUAUCAAAUUCUUUUCGAACUCGCUUGGCCCGGAACCCAAUCGACCCAUUCAUCAUCGAAUCAUCUUUAUUGGAUGGUUAGGUAGAUUCUUCAGUAGGUUUAGAGAAAAUAGAGAUUUGAAACCUAAGCUUGCCUCCCUAAAGAAGGCGUCUAUCUGCCUUUGGAACUUAAACAAAAACGUCUACACUGAAUUCUCGUUCAAUCAGGUUCGUCUUCAUUAUCGUCUCGCUUACACCAUAGCGACUGACGGCACCUAACGCGUUGAUGUGAAUAUUCCGGUGAAACUACUGGUAAGAAUUUCUGAACUGAUCAAAUUAGCAGUAUACUUGUGAUUUUUGGGCAAAUAAAAAUAUUAGGAACAAAAUAACUACGCUAA